CCCAGACACGACGCGUACGCGAUCUGAAGACCGAGCGCGACCCAAACUCCGCCACCAACCCAGCUUGACUCGACGCCUGCAGAAAGAAGAAAAGGCAGCCCCAGCACCCAGCGGUGUGACCCGCGUGCCGGCCGUGCCCCCAGCGCAGCAACGGCUCCACCUCCCGCCGCUCGCCGCCAGCCCAAUGCCCGCCCAGAAGCGCCCACCCCCGUCGCCCUUCCCCUCCCCCUCUGCCGCCCCCGGCACCAACCCCUCUCCUCCUACUUCUCCUGCGGCGACGGCCGAGCCCGUGGAGAAGAAGCCAAAGUUGGAGGAGAACGGUACCGCCGGCGCCGACGCCAACGGCAACGAUUCCGGCGCGAAGGCUCCGGCAAGCGAGGCAGCGGUGGCGGCGCCUGCGGGGUCGGACUCGGAGACGGAUGACCCGGCCACCGCGAACGAGGAGUUUAUACCAGUGAAAUUGGCGGACAUGCGCAAAGAAGUGCAGUGCCCCAUAUGCUUAGGCAUCAUUCGUAAGACUAGAACAGUUAUGGAGUGCCUGCACCGGUUCUGCAGGGAAUGCAUUGACAAAUCCAUGCGGCUUGGGAAUAACGAGUGUCCAGCAUGCCGCACACAUUGUGCAAGUCGGCGUUCCUUGAGAGAUGAUCCAAACUAUGAUGCCCUUAUUGCAGCUCUAUACCCAGAUAUUGACAAAUAUGAAGAAGAGGAACUAGCCUUCAAUGAAGAGGAGAAUGAUCGCAAUAAGCAGAUUCAAGCAUCCAUUGCUGAAACUUUUCGGAAACAAUCAGAAGUUAUUGGGCGAAAGUCUACUGCCAAAGCAACUGCUGCUGCAUUUAUAAGAAGAUCACGCCGUAACAUGCGGGCUAAUGGACUGAGUACCUAUUUUCGUGGCAGAGGAAGAACCAGUUCUGAUGAUGUUGCUCUGGCCUGUUCUGACGAUGAAGAGGAUGGAAACGGUGAAAACUGCGGGAAAGAGUCAUCAUCUGCUGAGGAGUGUUCCCCAGAGAAAAAGCAGAAACGAUUGCCGAAAUGGCCAACACCACGUUCUUCACAUGCUCGAGCAGCAUGCAACGAAGAGGUCGCUUCUGAUGAUAAGGAUGAUGUAGGAACCACCAGAGAAAAAUUUACCACGUCUCCUCUGCGAGCAUGGGGAAAGAACGGUACUCGCAGUCAGUCUCGUCACAGUAACUUCAGUGGUUCCAAUGGCAGGAUGGUCAAGGGUGGGCGCAUGAUCAAGUUAGUUGAGUGUCUACGAAAUUCUGAUGACAAUGAUAGUGAGUGUGAUAUACAUGUUUGUCUGCUCCCACUGGAUGGACAAACUACACCAAACCUCGAGAAGUCAUAUCUGUGCUGUGGCCCAACUCUCUCCAUCAAACAGCUUUGUCAGUUUGUCGCCAUUCAGACAUCUCACAAAGAUGAAGAAGUUGAGAUGUAUGCAGUGAAUCCUUCUUACAACGAUCUUGUCAGCAAUAACAAAUCUAGUUUGGAUAAGGCAAGGCUUAUUGGGGAGGAACACCUUUCAGACUUGCGUUCCUCAUUCACAUUUCCCAAUGGGAUUCUGGAGCUGGUGUAUUCCCUAAAAAUGGCUAACUAGUUGAUGAAUAAAGCAGACCAGUGAGUUCAAAUGGAAGGAGUUGUUUGUACAUAUCUUAAUCAUGAUCCCUCGGCGGCUGAGGGUUACUGUAUAAAAUUAAAAAAAAAAGAGAACUUCAGAGAACAGUUCGUGUAUCGUGAGAUGUGAGAUAAAUCAUAAAUGUGUGUAGGUUGUCAAUCAGUAGUUUUCAGAUGAGCCAGAGAGACUUCAACACUCCAUUUAUUUCAACUUGUAGGGCUCAUAUUCUUUUGUGCGGAUGGCAGCCUGCCCGUGCUGCGAAGUGCUUCCUGAUAUUUUUCUACUGUCACAAAACUUAGUUUUGGCGUUUUUGGUAUGACGCAUGGACAAGUUUUAUUUAACCUUGAGCUCAUUGUAGCAGAGCAUUGUAUUAUAUCUGUACUUACUCGAAGUCGAAGGCAGAUGUGUGAGGUGGAUUUCAUGUA